AUGACGACUUGGAUUUUCAUCGUAGCCUGCCAUGCGCAUGGACGCCUCGUGGUCGUCCAUCCUGGUGGCGGCGUCAAGGAGCAAGUCGCAAACCUAUACGCAGAGCGUCUCUCUCAGGAGGGAUAUAUCUCUGUCGCCUUUGAUGCUCUCUACCAAGGGUCUUCCGAGGGCCUCCCUCGCUUCCUGGAGGAUCCGGACUCCAGGGUUUCCGACGUGUCUGCGGUGGUAGACUACCUCCAGGGGCUCGACUAUGUCGACCCCGACGCCAUAGCAGUAGUGGGAAUAUGCGCAGGCGGCGGCUAUGGCAUUGCCGCUGCCACCACGGACCACCGUAUCAAGGCCGUCGCGGCAGUCAGCCUCGUCAAUAUCGGCGACUCGACCCGACAAGGCUGGCUCAACACGCUUGAUCAGGAGGAUGCCUUUGCUGUCAUCGACGACGCUGCCCAGCGCCUCCAGGGAACAGCCACAGGCGGGAACGCCACCUUGGUACCCUUCCUCGAGACACCCGGCCCGGACACGCCGCCUGAUCUCGUGGAUGCGUGGGACUACUACCGCACCCCUCGGGGUUUCUUCCAUACCUCCCAGAACAUCAUGGAUGGUUCUUCCACUCCACUUCUUGUGCGUUUUGACGCUUGGCAGUUUGCAGGCCAAUAUCUCACCCAGCCCACCCUCCUCAUUGCUGGGCAGGACGCCGACAGCAGGUGGCAGACGGACAAGAUUUACGACAAGAUCAAGGACACCAACGCCAACACCACAAAGAUCCUUGUACCAGGUGGUCGACACAUGGACUUUUACGACCGGGAGCAAUACGUGGCCCCUGCCCUCGCUAACAUUACCGAGUUUUUCAACGCUCAUCUCAACCUUUAG